AUGUUCUCGAACCGCGCCCUUCUCAGCGCCUCGCGGGCUACCGCCACCGCCUCAUCGCGCGUUGUCGCUCCUCGAGCUGCCUUUACAUCUCAGAUUCGAAACUACGCUGCCCCGGCUGCUGCCGACUCGAAGCCUCCUGUUGCGCUGUACGGUCUUGAUGGAACAUAUGCAUCUGCUCUGUACACUGCAGCCGUCAAAACCUCAACUCUAGACUCCACCGCAAAGGCCAUGCAAGCGCUCAACGAAGUCUACCACAAAGAUGCCAAACUCGGCACGAUCAUGCUCGCGCCAACACUUUCCGCGGAAGAUAAAUCCUCAAUCAUCGCCGAGCUACAAAAACAUACCGGUGGUGUGGACAAGGGCGAUACCGUGAAGAACUUCUUGGAGGCGUUGGCGGAAAAUAACCGACUUGGUCUGUUGAAGGGUGUUUGUGAGAAAUUCAGUCUUUUGAUGGGGGCUUCGAGGGGUGAGGUUGAGUUGAUUGUUACGAGUGCUACGCAAUUGGAUGGCAAGACUCUUCAACGUCUGGAGACUGCAGUGUCAAAAUCCUCAUAUGUUGGAGGUGCUAAGAAGUUGAAGGUUACCAACAAGGUCAACCCAGAUAUCCUCGGUGGACUCGUCGUCGAAAUCGGUGACCGAACAAUCGAUCUCUCCGUCUCGGCCAAAAUCGCAAAGAUGAACAAGCUCCUUACUGAUACCUUGUAA